GUGCUAAUCUGCUACAUUAGGGAUGCGCUCUUUGUCAAAAAGUCAGUCAGUUGUUAUUUGGCGUAAACAGACACGGCUGCGACGAUUUCAGCAACGUGAAUGCUCCGGCUUCUAAAUCGUUAUGUAAAGGGAACAAUUUUACGGAGGACAUCCACAAAAUGAAGGCUCAGGUGCGCCAUGGGGUUAUCGUCAUUAUAGUUAUUACCAUGGGUACCAGUCUCAUGGUUGUGUACAACAACAGCUUCACGGACACGUCAGGGACAGCGUAUCCCACGGAUACUGCUGCUACUGGACCGCAAAUGGACAAGCCCAGGAAAGCGCAGCCUAAACCAGGAAGAGCCCUGUCAUCAACCCUACAGGGCUACACUGGAGUCAUCGAUCAAAAGCCCCUGAGGAUGCACUGUAACUGCUGUGCCCUGGUGACCAGCUCUGGCCACCUUACCGGCAGCAACCGUGGGGACGAAAUCGACAGCACUGAGUGCGUCAUCCGCAUGAACGACGCCCCGACUGGGGGUAGUUUCCAGCGGGACGUGGGCCGGCGUACCAGCCUGCGCGUCAUCGCCCACUCCAGCAUGCAGAGAGUACUGCGGAGCCGGCAGGAGCUGCUCAACGCCAGCCAGGACUCAGUCUUCCUCUUCUGGGGACCCAGCAGCUGUAUGCGACGCGACGGCAAAGGCCUGGUCUUCAACAACCUGCGUAUGGUCAACCAACUGCUGCCCACACUGAAGGUCUACGUCAUCUCCCAGCUCAAGAUGCCGCAGUUCGAUGAGCUCUUCAAGAAGGAGACAGGGAGAGACAGGAAGACCUCUAACUCAUGGCUGAGCACUGGCUGGUUCACCAUGGUCAUUGCCCUGGAACUCUGUGAUACGAUCAAUGUCUAUGGCAUGGUGGCUCCUGACUUUUGCAGGGCUCCUUCCCAUCUCUCGGUGCCGUAUCAUUACUACGAGCCUUCGGGGCCUGACGAGUGCGCCAUGUAUCUCUCCCACGAGGGGAACCGGCGCGGAAGCCACCAUCGCUUCAUCACAGAGAAGACAGUGUUCGCCAACUGGGCUCGGAUGUUCGACAUCCACUUCUACCAGCCAGACUGGACCCCGUCCUCUACUCUCAAUGGAAACAGCUCACUCACACCAGCUUCAGAUGGCUCUUGAUACCAGACAUAGACAGAAAGGUCCCCAGGACCUGGGGAAGAUGUGACUGUGUGUUUGGACUCCAACAUGCUGAUUUUCCUCAUCCUUCCCUUGGCUCCCUUAUGGGAGUGUCCCUUAUGGGAGUGUGUGGGAGGAGUGGAAAAGUACAAGGGUCAUUCCACCAAUUUAAGUGCCCUUUGAGAAAUGUAAUUUGGUAAAAAAUACAUAUAUGUUGGAUUUAACCUAAUUUUAACAUUCUGACAUAAAGAGCACAUGUUCAACUUCAUCUCAGCAGGUUCAAUUAAAAAAUGACUAUAGUAAGUGCUAACUAAGUGGCAAAUAAAGUAACAGGGUUGACUGUUUUCUUAAAUCAGCCAUAAAUCCCCUUGUGACAGGGGGAAUGGAAGCUCACUGUGUGCAACAGAGAGUGGCAACUGAAUGUAAGAUUCACAAAAAUAUUAUAAAAAUUGUUUAAAAAAAAGAAAAAAAAAGAAAUGCCUGUCUAUCUAUGGGUAACAGGGUUGACAUGUUAUGUUCGACCCGCUCAGAUUUCCACCACAAAACACCAGAACGUGGCAAAAAAAGAGUGGAACCAGCUCACCUGCUUUUACACUAGGAUCUGACUAUUAAAUGAGAGUUCUGUUCACGCAACGUGUUGACCUUCAAAUGAUGGACAGAUGUAAAUGAAUCACUAAUCACAUGAAAUAAAUAAUCAUCUUCAGAAA